AUGGCCGUCACCAAGGAGAAGAAGUCCUUCAAGAAGUUCGCCAAGAAGCACUUGGCCGGCGUCAUCGAGACCCGCCGCAAGACUGCCAAGUCCAAGAAGGAAAAGCUUGAGCGACUGGAGAAGAAGAAGACGCGUGAGGCAAAACAUGCGGCCAGGGAGGAGAAGGAGCACAUGGAUCAGCUGGAGCGGCUCAAAGACACCGAUCCCGAGUUCUACUCCUACCUUGAGGAGGAAGACCCGACGCUGCUGCAGUUUGGCAAGGAAGACAUCGACGUCGUGGAGGAGAACGACGGCAGUGAUGCGGAGACGGAGGUGGACGACGAUGAGAGUCGCGACGGCAAUAUUGACGACGACAACGAGCACGCAGACGGGGAUAAUGGGGAGGGCAGCGGCGAUGCGGCACCGCACCGUGGCCGUGUGACUCGCGAGGAGCUCGCACAGCUGACAAGUACUAGCAGUGCUAUGGAGUUGUGCAUUGACGUCUUUGUUUCUGCUGUUCGUGAGCUUGGCUAUCAGGUCAAGGAGCACCCUCGGCCACAGUCUACUCGCAAGUUUGAGGAGCCGGCGCUGGUGAAGGAGGCGCUGGUGUCGGUGGCGAAACAUGUCGGCAAGCACCUCAGCACCUUCAUCACGGGCAAAGGCUCCUUCAAGUCGUACAAAACGCGUAUGGUGGUGAAGCGUCUCCUCAUGGCGCUCUCGUCUGUCAUUGGUGAGGGCCACAUUGACGCCGUCCUCACCUCAGGCCUUCUUCAUACCGUUGUUCCAUUUGUGCCGUUGCUCCACUACGUGCGUGGGCUGACCAAGGCGGUGCUGAAGGCGUCGCUGAAUCUCUGCGCCGCGCCCGAGGAGUCCGUGCGCGUCGCGGCCUACAUGGUUGUGCGCUCUGUUGCCACCCGCGCGGCCGGUACACGCUCCAUGUACCAGUCCACUGCCUUCAAAGGCAUCUUCCUCACCCUCAUCCGCACUGCCCAUCACUAUAACAUUCACAACCAGGCCACAGUUGUCUUUCUUAUGAACUGCGUCGUGGAUCUCUAUGGCACUGACAUGGAGGCGGCGUAUCAGCACACCUUUGUGUACCUGCGCCAGUUGGCUAUCUACCUGCGUGCAGCGCUGCAGCAGCAGACGCAGAGCAACGUCCGCGCUGUAGUCAACUGGCAAUACCUGAAUGCACUGCGCACGUGGGGGGCCGUGGUGUCGACCUACGCGGAGCCGAAUCAGCUAGGGCCGCUCAUCCACCCCGUUGUGCAGAUCGCUACAGCGUUGAUGGAUCUCUUCUCCUCGCCGCGCAUGUUUCCGAUGCACCUUCAGGUUGUUGAAGUGCUGAACCACAUCGCUCGCCGUGCCGACGGGCUCUACAUUCCUGUCGCGCCGUACCUGCUGCGCAUUCUCACCUCCCCGAGUGUUGCGCUUUCACACGCGCCAAACGGUGCCUCAUCUAGUCCGGACCAGGCCGACUUGCUCUUCACCAUCCGCGUGAAGAAGGUGCAGGCGCGCAGCGGCGCCUACCAUCGUGACAUCUGGAGCGAGGCGCUGUACCUCCUCACCGAGCACCUUGCCACCCACAGUCACACCGUAGGCUUUCCUGAGUCCUUCUGGGCGGUGGAGAGCACGCUGAACAAGCUCAAGACGCAGGUGCGUGUGCCGAAGGUGCACUCUAGCAUCAGCAACCUGCUACGCCACAUCCAGACCACCUCGCAGAAGAUCAAGUCGAAGCGUGAACAGGCCAACUUCGGCCCGUGCGAUCUUGCUGCAGUGAAGCAGUUCGAGGACGAGCUGAAGCAGCAAGGGACUGCACUCACGUCGUACUACCACACCAUGCGACAGCAGCGCAUCGAUGACCUCGCCGCGAAACACAAGGACGCGUCAGGCGAGCGUGUAACGCUGGAAUCUGUUGUGGCAAAGCGAAAGGGCGGUGGCAGCGCUGGUGGCAAGCGCAACCGUCCGCAGGUGCGCCGCAGUGCGUAA